AUUAACUGUUCUGUACUUCCUGUUUGCGGUUCGCUCGGAGUAGCUAGCAGGCGGUUACAGCUAGCGGUGUACGGCCAGUCAUUAUUUGUUUCUUGUUGUUUUUGCGGUAGCUGCAUCUUCUGAGGAUGAACACGGUUCUGUCCAGAGCCAACUCUCUCUUCGCCUUCUCCCUGAGCGUCAUGGCGGCCUUGACGUUCGGCUGCUUCAUCACAACAGCUUUCAAAGACAGACGAGUUCCUGUGGACAUCCACGUCUCCAGAGUCAUGUUGAAGAAUGUAGACGACUUCACGGGGCCCAGAGAGCGCAGUGACCUGGGCUUCGUCACCUUCGACCUCUCGGCUGAUUUGCAGCCAAUUUUUGACUGGAACGUCAAACAGCUGUUCCUCUAUCUGUCUGCUGAGUAUGCUACAAAAAGCAACUCUCUAAACCAGGUAGUGCUGUGGGACAAGAUCGUCCUUCGAGGUGAAAACACCAAACUGAACCUGAAGGAGAUGAAGUCCAAAUACUUCUUUUUUGAUGACGGGAAUGGACUAAGGGCCAAUAAAAACAUCACGUUGUCUUUGUCUUGGAACGUGGUUCCCAACGCUGGAAUACUGCCCCUAGUGGCCGGAGUUGGACACGUCAGCCUUCCAUUCCCUGAUUCAUAUGAGACCACCAAGAGCUAUUAGACAGACAGACAGACAGACACACCCACAGACAAUAACAAAUACUGUACAUGCAGACACAUGGAAGGGAGACAGGCACACACACCAGUACUGAUGGCUCACACACUGACUUCUUCCAUAGAUGUAAAUUAAUUGUUUUUUUUUUCUGAUUUGUAAUAAAACCUCAGAUUAGGAACAA